AUGAUUCACCUAACUUGCCACUUGGCAUGGGAGGCAAAGGUGGCCGAUCCAGUACAAUUCAGGUGGAUGUAUCCUGUGGAAAGGUAUUUGCAUAAGCUAAAGACUUAUGUUCGUAAUAAGGCUCAUCUAGAAGGGUCUAUUGCCGAAGGUGUCUUGGGAGAUGAGUGUUUAAUAUUUUGCUCUCGCUAUUUGCAUCGAGUUGAAACUAAGUUUAAUAAAAGAGAUAGAAACAACAAUGGAGGUCAACCGUCAUAUGAUACAUCUCCGUUAUCUAUUUUCUCAACACCUGGUCAAGCUUUUGGGAAAGGUGUAAUUAGAGAGAAGAGCAUCGAACUUCAUAAGGCUGCCACUCAUUAUGUCCUAAAAAAUUGUGGUGAAGCUUUGCCAUUUGUCCAAGAACAUAGGAACAUUCUAAUCCAGUCUAGUGUUGAUAAUGUGGAGGAGUCACAUAGGCUUCAAUUUUCAAACUGGAUUUCUAAAAGGCAUGAUGAGAAUAAAAAAACACAAAAUAGUGGAGUUAUGGUUAAGGGGGAGAAUCAGAUUGACGAUGUGCCUUAG